AUGAAUCUAUAUUUACGGCAUUUAUUCCUUAUUAUGCUUUUGCCGCCUCCUUGGCUUCUUCCAUUAUUUAUUGGACACAACAGCAUUAUUGUAGUCUCAGCUACUUUGUGCGGUCCAUUACCUUCAACUUGUUUGCCAGCACCGCCUUGCCCACCGCCAUUGAUACCUCCGCCUCUUCCUCCUGCACCUCCACCACCACAACUUCCAUGCCCGAUGCCUUGUCCUCCUCCUCAUCCACCUGCACCUCCACCACCACUCCCACAACUACCAUGUCCAUCACCAUGUCCUCCUCCUCUUCCUUCUCUUCCUCCUGCACCUCCGCCACUACCACUUCCACAACUACCAUGCCCAUCACCUUGUCCCCCUCCUACUCCUCCAUCUCCUUAUCCUCUACCUCCACCAAGAUUGCCAACACCAAAUUGUCCGCCACCGCCAACUACAUACCAACCUUUUCUGCCACAACCAGCACAAAACCAGUAUCAAACCUAUCUUCCUUCACCUCAAGUUCCUUAUGCUCCAAAUCAACAACAAAUUGUGCCUCCAUCUUAUUCAACUAGACCAAUUCCUAUUCCAUUAGCACCUCAGCCAGUACCUCAGUCAAAUACAUAUCAACUUCCCCAGCCAUCACCUUAUGCUACACAACCGGGUCUUAGUUAUGGAUACGGUUAUGGGAGGCAGUCAGUUUCCCCCUAUUAUAAUUCAAAUCCAUAUCAAAAUCCUAUUCCGGCCAAAGAAAGAUUUGUUCACAAUCCGGAAGAAAAGGAAGAACAAACUACACAUGAAAAAGUGAAAGAUCCAUUUGAGAAAAUAGAAGAUAAUGAGGCUGAAAACAAAAGUGGUGGGGAUGAACGAACGAAAACAACGGGAAAACAGCGUAUUAAUCCGCAAUUUCAACGGGAUGACAACUACAUUGUCCCUGGUUAUGCUCGACCAACAACGCCUAUCGAUGUUCCACUUCCAAAACCAAUGUCUCCAAUAAUUUAUCCAACACCUCUUCCAGUUUAUCAACAACGACCGCCACCAUUACAGCAAAUGCUUCCAGCAACCAUCUACCAGCCUUCACCUCAACCAAUUUCACAACAAUGGCAGCCGUAUCCACAGCAACUUCAAUGUCCUCCCUGCCCUCUUCCUUCUCCUCAACCACUUCCUCCGCCUCCACAACCAGCGCCUAUUCAAAAUUGUUGUCUUCGCUGUCCGUACACUAAAACAACUGCUUUACUUAAAUCAUAUGGUGUAAAGACAAUCACAAAACCUUAUUUACAUAGUGGAAUAUCUUCUUCUGUUGAUGAGUUGGCAUUUCAUACAAAGAAGAGGGAUGAGGGAAAAUGUAACGAUAAAGAACUUGCCGCAAUUUUGGGAGAGGUUUUUACGCUUAAAAUGAAUUUAGCAAAAGAGGUUAUUUAA